GCAUUGACCAACCGCCUUCCCCGAUAGUAAUUGGCUGUCCCGCGUGACGUCAUUAAGUUGCAGUGUCUGUUAUUGGCAACUCCUGCUGUCACUCAUACUUUUAUAUUCCACCCCCUCCUCAGAGUGGGUCGGUCUCUGGCCUGGCCCCUGGCACGCGUGAAGCUCCGGGUCAGUACUAAUCUGCCUGCUAGUUAACUCACUAGUUAGUAUAAACCGGGUGAAGAUGACGGAAGAGGAUCCGGGUUCUCACGUGGAGCUGCACGACGGCGAGGAGAUUGUGGAGGUGAUCGAGCUGAACGAAGGUGAAGGAGCGGCAGGCGACUGCGCUGACGAGGUGGAGGAAGCAGAAGAUGAUGCUGGGUGGGAGACAGAGGACGAGGACAGUGAGAGCAUGGAAGUGGUCCAGGACGACAGCGAUCUCACUUUCACCAGACACACAAAGGCUGUAUUCUGCUUGAGUUUGGAUCCCAAGACCAACACGCUGGCCGUGUCUGGUGGCGAAGAUGAUAUGGCCUACGUGUGGAGAGUGAGUGAUGGUGAAGUGCUGUUGGUGUGUACAGGCCACAAUGAUUCCGUCAUCUCCGCCUCCUUCAGUUACGACUCGGCUCUGCUUGUAACGGGAGACAUGAGCGGCUUAAUCAAAGUUUGGAAAGUCGAUACCAAGGAGGAAAUUUGGUCAUUUGAAGUGGGCGACCUGCAGUGGGUUGCCUGGCAUCCCUGUGCCCAUGUGCUGCUGGCUGGCACGGAUGAGGGGAGCUGCUGGCUGUGGAAAAUUCCCAGCGGAGAAUGCAAAACCUUGCCCGGCACCGGCUGCCAAGCAACUUGCGGCAAGAUCCUUGCUGAUGGUAAACGAGCGGUUGUUGGUUAUGAAGAUGGAACUGUGAAGGUUUGGGAUUUGAAGCAAGGAACACCACUUCACGUUUUCAAAGGUCAGGACAGUCACCAGGGGCCUCUGACCUGUAUCGCUGCCAAUGACGGUGGGAGCCUGGUGUUGACAGGCUCUGUCGACUGUACCGCCAGACUCCUCAACCCCAUCACGGGGAAGGUGGUUGGUGUCUUCUCAGUUCCAAACAGCGCAAGUGAUCACGUAGAGAAAGAACAAAUGGAUGAAGCAGAACCUACCUCCAAUUCUGUGGAGUCUGUGGGAUUCUGUAAUGUGCUUCCAUUGAUCGCCGUCGGCUAUCUGGACGGCACCAUUGGGAUCUGGGAUGUUCCGUCACAGACACUCCGACACAAAUGGCAACUUCAGGCUGGCAUUGUCCAAUUGCUGUGGGAGGAGCACUCACCGAUUAUAUACACGGGAAGCCUCGACGGGGCUGUGCGCAUCUGGGAUGCCCGAUCGGGAAGGAUGGAAAACGAAUGCUGUGGGCAUGCGGCAGAAAUCCUGGACUUUGUGGUGAACAAGGAGGCAUCAGUGGUUGUCAGUGCUUCAGGGGACCGGACAGCGAAAGUGUUUUACCUCCAGCGGCCGGAUCGGUAGACGGGCUUCCUUGCUUUUAAGCUCCAUCUCAGAGUCGACUGUUGCACACCUAACGGCCUGAAAUGUGACAAAACGCACUAUCUUUUCUGACUGACUUUUAUAAAAGGAAAAAUAAAACCUUUGUGCUUUUAAUUUCCAAAAGGAAGACGGCAUGACAGAAACCAGGUUUGGCGAGCAGCUGAGGGUUACUGGUGUGCAAGUUUGUUUUGUACCUUUGAGGCUGGGGUUCCCAACACUGCUUGAUGUUUACAAAUUUGAAGGGACAAUUACUGCCUCUUAACUUGCAUUGUAGUUGACCAUAUUUGUUACAAAUCUACAUUUACUACAAAUUACGUUCUACAAUGCUAUGCCAAACAGAUAUUUAGAGUGACUAACACAAUCAUUAAUACAAACUUAAUGAAAAUAUUCCCCUUCCCAUCAAGUGUGGCAUUUAUCCCCUGCAGCACCCAUCAGUCCCAGAAUGCAUCCAUGCUACCUUAGACACUGUGUGAUCCCUCUCCCUGGUUACCAGGGCACAGACGUAUGCCUGUGCUAAAGCCAGCAGUCCUCCUGGGUGGAAUCCUCUACUACCCACUUCCAGGACCCACCAAUAGGUAUCCUUACAUGGGCAUCUAGGCCCUCUUCAUACUAGAUGAUCGCAUAUAAAUAGCCUGGGCUUAAAAUCCAAUCAGAAGCUGAGAAGUGGCCCCCCUCAGGUAUGUGAAUAGGAGCUGCAACCCACAUACUCCAUGUACAUGUGGUACACAGUCUCUUCCACAGAAGUGACCUGCAGCUGGAAGAUCCAUGAACAAACUAAUGAAUUUGUUACAGGGCACCACUCUUUGCAGCAGCCUUCCACCCCAGGUCCCUGAUGUACACGGGAAGGAGACUCUCAUAAAGGGACUUCCACUGGGGAAUGUUUGAUAAGGCAGCGUGCAGGGAGCUUGGCUCCAUAUCUCACCUGUGCUGUUGGCAUGGGCCCAUUGGGUCACAAGGGCCUCUUAUCUUGCUGUAUCUCUAAAUAAAGUCAGUAUUUUAUGAGUGA